AUGCGAUAUUGGUACCGUUCGAAAUCGAAGAUUCUCUCGGCUAUUACUAUUUUUCUACUAUUUUAUCUUGUUUUUUCCUUUGGGGUCAAUAUAACAUCGUUGUUCAAGAGUGGCUUUAGUAAUUAUGAGAUUUUAUCGGAAUUACAUCAACAUAGACAAUUGAAAGAGCGGUAUCAGUUGACUGGUAUCAUCCUUCAUUGGCAGCGUUUGACUGGCGUUCGGGAUCUUCUUCGAACUAUGCUUGAUUUCGACGAUUUAUUCGUUCAUAUAAUCAUCUGGAAUAACAAUCCAAAGAAAAACUUAACUGUUGCUGAUUUAUUAGUCGAGUCAAGUGAUCGUAUUGAAAUUGUUAACUCUCCCGAAAAUAUUAAAGAUCAAGCGAAGUAUCGUGCAUGUCAAUUAGCAAAAACGAACGCUUGUUUCUACGCCGAUGAUGACUGGGAUGUGCGAAUGUAUGUUCGAAGUUUAUAUUCAAGUUUUCUGCUUGAGCCAACGAUUCUGCACGCGAUGACCGAUCAAUUUACCUAUUUCACAAAUGUGAUGUGGACAUUUUUUGAUACGCAAAUCGAUUUACAUACAGGUUUCAGCUGGAUUGGCUGCGGAUCGAUAUUUUCUCGAGAAAAUGCCAUUCGACAUCUGGGAUAUCUAGACUAUUUUCUAGACAGUGAAGAAAAUCGAGAUCUUGCUCGACAAGGCGAUCAAUUCUUUUCCAUUUGGAUGAAUCAAAUACCAGCUCAAUUUAAUGGUCGUUUAAUACACUCCGACGAAGGUGCCAUGUCCUCAUUCGAAAACUACGAUUUCGACAUGAUUCAACAUCGGGCGUCGAUUCUCUCCAUAGAAAUUCUAGAAAAGACACUUAGAUUCUCUCCACAAUCAAAAAUAUUCGAACGAAAACGUGCCACAAAUUCGUUAGUCACCUAUACGAAAUCUCCUUGCUCGUACAAUGAUCGAUUCAUUUUCUUUACCAACUGUUUACCUAUCGACGAUGUUGAAGAAAUUCCAUUCAAUAUCACCACCGAUAUCAAACGCGGCACACGAAGUAAUCUACCGAAUGAGCCGACUUGUCCCUAUCGUUACGAGCAUAAGUUUUUCGAAAACUUUAGCACAGCCAAUGCUGUCGAUAACAAUACAGAGACGUGCUGGAAAACUCGGCAUCCAGUCGAGCGAGGCGAUUUCUAUGGCUUGGAUUUUCAAACGAUUCAAAUCAGUGGUGAUCUAGCAUUCACUAUUGAAUACUCGCAUAGAAAAUCCUUACAAAAGCGCUUACAAAUUUCCAUCUCGCUUGACGGCUAUCGGUGGUUAACGCUUCCCGCGCACAAUCGAUUAGGUAUUACAUAUAAAAAACGAAAGAAAAUCGUUUAUUUUCGCACACAAUUGUUUCCUGAUGGUUUUCGUAUGUUUCGUUUCAUCAAAUUUAUGUCAUUGACAGAGGAAGAAGACUCUUUCCAUAUUUGUGAAGUACGUUUAAUUGAUAGUUAA